AUGUUAUCAGACUGCCACCCUUUCAUCACAUCAGACAACAACCAGCACCAUGAGAGCAGCGACAGCACUGAAAAUGAGUCCAAGGCAGUAGCACGUGAGCUACUCAGGAAUGAGACCGACAUUUUCGACGUCGGACCACCUUCCGUGAUGGAAGACAUCUUCGAAGAUAUCCUUGCUGGUAGCGACCAGCCAUAUCCAACACUUACACCUCCACCAUCACGACCAAUACCAUCCACCACCAAAUACCACGACGACAGUCAAAGUGAGAGCGCCAGCGACUCCGGAGGUGACUCAGACAGCUCCAUCGAUGCUCCACAAAUUCGCCGCAAAGACUCGAUCAUGGCUCCGGAGCAAGUGAGUGAGAAACUUGACAAGAAGGGCGAGCAAGACGCAGAAGAUCAGGAAGAGACUGCUGCACAGCGGGUUUUCGGGACUUACGAGUUGCUGGAGAACAUCCUACUCAAUUUCACCACCUCCACGUUCAAAGAGGAGUGCGGCAUUCGUGAAAACCUCAACGGCUUGAAGACCGUCCUCUUGGCACAAGGAGUCAACAAGACCUUUGAGCACGUCAUCAAGCGCUCCACCAAGCUGCAAGAAAAGCUGUUCUUCAAAUACAAAGCCGACAACCGCGCCUAUUCCGAUCCUUUUGCAUGCAACCCUUUCCUCACGCACCCGGCGUCCGAACUGGACUUCAAGGAAUUCUUGGAGGAAUGGGGCCUCAGUGGAGGAAUUGUGGUCAUGUCCGUCCGUGAGACAUCCAGGGUGGAGCUGCUCUCCCUGCCGACAUCCUACAGUGGCUGUCUCAAGCCUGGUGCACAGAGGCCCAGCUAUGAGAGCUGGAGGCGUAUGCUAGUGCUUCAGGGCGAACCGCUGGACGUGCAACUACGAAUCGAGUCCCACGCGCCCUUGAGCUGCGCCUGGCGUUGUGGUCCGCUCGUGGCUGGGAGCAAGACGACGAUGGGAGAGAUUUGGGAUAAGAUCUGUGCGAAUCGGGAGUGGACUUUGCAGUGA